AUGCCGGCAAGAAAAAAGACCAGUUCGAAGAAGCAAAAAGCCUCAUCCGAGAGCGGUAAAAGAAAAAGAAGAGACGAAGAGGAAGAAGAGGAAGAAAGUGAUAGCGAUCAAGAGGUGAGAGUAGUCAUUUCUGAUGCCAGUGAUGAUGAAGAGGAAGCAUCAGAGCCCGAAGAACCAUCAUCAGAAGAGGAUGAUGCUUUCAAGGAAGACGAGAAAGAUCAAGAUUUCCAACCUCCAAGAACAUCAAGAAAGAAAAGCACUUCUACAAGAAAAAAGAAAAAAGAUACAUCAUCAACAACUCCUAAGAAAAAGAAGCUAAAGACUGGCUCAUCAAAGAAGAGUAAAUCAAGUGAAUCCACAAAGAAAAAAAAGGCCAAAAAAGAGGAGCUAGAGGAAGAUAUGGUUGUUUUGAAUGAAGACAAAGAAUCAUUAUUUGCAACUGUUCGUCAAGAAAGCUCAGCUAUCAGAGACACUGUUGAUGGAUGGCAAGAACGAUUCGAAACCAGCAAAGCCAAAGCAACAGUCGAAUUGAUUGUUUUUGUUUUACAUUCGUCAGGGGCAAAAGGUGACCUUGUUUUCAACGGAAAAAAGCUCAAAUCUGAAGAUUCCAAAGCUAUUCAAAAAGUAAUUGAUGAUGUUAUUGAAAAAUUCAUUCCUGACAAGCUUCAAGUUUAUCCAAUCGUCAAUAACCAUCCUUCAUUGAAACAUUUUAGAAAAAACUUUGGUGAAUUUUGGAACACAUUUGUUGAUGUUGCAAAGGAAGGAGGUCAACUUUAUGACGAGUUUAUUCGAGAACAUUUUUUGAGAUGGUUGACUUUUAUGACAACAUCCACUUGCAGAGCACUUCGUCACACUUCAACAUUGGCAAUUUAUCAAAUUGCUUCUGCUGUAAUUGAGGCUAAGAAAUCUGAGAGCAAAACACUUGCUAAAUUACAAAAACAAUCUAAAGCAGCUGCAAAGAGCAAGGAUAAGAAAAAAGAAAAAGAACUGUCAGCCAUGUGUGAACAGUAUCAAGAGAAGACAAAUACUCUUGAAAAGAUAGCAGCUGACAUUUUUAUGCAAGUAUUUACAAAAAGAUAUCGAGAUUCUUGUGAUGAUAUUCGAGCAUUGUCACUUCUACAAGCAUCUGAAUGGAUUAUUGACUCUCCAGAUCAAUUUUUGAAUGACAACUCUUUGAAAUACUUUGGCUGGAUGCUAAACGAUACCGAAGAAAGCGUAAGAAAGGUUGCUAUUCAAAUUCUAGACAAGUUCUAUAGUAAGAAAGAUUGGAAAGAUCAACUAGCAAACUUUACAAAGCAAUAUUCUGGAAGAUUUGUAGAUUUAUCACGAGAUGUCUCCGUCUCUGUUGCUGUUGAAGCUUUGAAGUUCCUGACUACUCUUCUUCAAAACGGCUAUUUGAAUAGUUCUCAAAUCGAUACUGUGAGCAAACUGAUAUUCGACGAGGUUGCCAGUAUUAGAUUUUAUGCAGGAAAGUUUGUCUACUACUAUCUGUUGUCCAAGAACGAAAAAGAGCCUUCAAAAUCCAAGAAAAAGGCCAAGAAAGGUGGUGUCAGUCUCGAAAAUAUUCUUGAUUUUAUUUCUGAACAUGUUGAAAAUUAUCCAAUGGCUGCAUAUUAUCUUGUAGAUACAUUAUGGAGCACCUCUGAUGAGGUUUUACGAGAUUACAAGACCAUCUGUUCUAUGAUUAACGAAGAAGAAGGAGAUGCACUCACUCUCAUUAAAUUAUUGAACGCAUCUAUCAAGAAGUUGAAGGGACAACUCAACAGCAUCACAAGCGCCAGCGAUAACGUAAAGGUGAGCAACAAAUCGAAACUAACAACAAAAGAGACUGAAGAUGAAGUAGAGGAACUCACAGGUGUUUUAGCUCCAUCUCUGUCCGCCAUGAUUGAUAAGUACAGAACUGAACCUGAAAUAGUGAGCGAGCUUGUAGAGAUUCCACAAUUUCUUGAUUUAAAGAGUUAUCCAGAAAGCCAUUUCUCCAAAUUACUGAAAUCUUUGAAGGAAGUUUUGAACAAGAGUGUUUCUCCAUAUGUUUACAUGGAAGUUGCAAAGACCUUCAAGUAUCUCAUCAAAGACCAUGAUGAUUAUCCACUAAAAUCAGAAGCCGAAGUACAAUAUAAUGAAUUGAUGAGAGAGACGUCAUCACAAUUGAAGGACGCUGUGCGUGCACUCAACAAUGAAGAGGAACCAACGUCCGAUAUUUUAGCAACUCUCAACAGAAUUAGAGCAUUCAGUAAGGUCGUGGGAACAUCCCAAGUUAUUUCAGACGAUGUUUUACUUGCGGAUUUAGACAAGAUUUUAGACUCUAAAGUUGUUGAAAUUGGAAUGUCCCAAACUGAUGAAACUCAAGCUAACGAAGAAGAAGUUGAUGAAGUCACUCCUCUUAUUAUCAACAUCAUCUUUGACGAUUUAUAUUGGACAUUACAAGACGUGCUUGCUAAGAAAGAUUCACGCAAUCAACUUGAAAAGACAUACUUUACCAAACAAGAAAAUUUAGCAAAACACCUCUUUUACAUUUUAGAAAAUGGAAAAGUCUCUUCUCCUGUUACUAGAACUUCAUACUCAUUACUCUCAAACAUUUUUGUCAUGGCCAGUCCAGUUGUGGUCGGAUCAAGCUCAAUGGUUUUAGUUUUGGGUAAAGAGAGAAUGGCAAUCUUGACUAAAUACUUGCAAAAGGCAAUGGAAUCACUCCAACGUGAAUAUACCAAGUAUGAUAAGAAGAAGAAAGAUGGCGAUGAAGAGGAAGAAGAAGAAGACGAAGAGAAAAAGAGAGCCAGAUUGGAAAAACUUAAAGUUACCAGAACACUCAUUUCUGAUACGUUACUUGGAUUAUCUAGAGCUAUUAUUGCCAAAGCUAUCAGUGAUGACUUUGCUUCCCAUAUUCUUUCGUACUUUGUUAGAACCAAGAUACCUGUUGUUGAAGAAAUUGUGAAGAGAUUCCAUCAUGAACUCAAGAAUACCAGUGAAGAAAAAUUAUGGCAAUACGAGUUUGAUGCUCUCAAGAUUUUGCAUUCUGAGUAUUUGGAUAAGGUUGAACAAGAGGAAGAAAAGAGUGUUUUAAAGAAGGCAAUUAAGGACAUUGAAGAAUUAGGUUCCAGACUCAGCAAGUCUCACUUCCCAGGAAAAGAUGUUCAUCAUAUUGAAACUCUAGUCCAAAACACAAUUAAUUUUGUUUUUGAUGACAUUAAUCAAAACCAUACAUUCUUACUUGGCAUUAUGAAAUACAGACUGAAAGCCAUUCCAGAUACAAAGCGUAAAGAAUUUUUGGCCACAGUUGUAAGAAAGAUCGAACAAACCGAAGAUGUUGAAAAGGCGGCCAAGGAAAAUGUGGAGAGUUUCAAGGAGAUGUUGACCGUGAGUAGUAAGAAUAAGGACAAGUCAGAUGAAACUGAUGAUGAACGAGAAAAGGCACCUGAGGAAGACAAAACUCAAAUUGAUGAGCACGAGGAACAAAACGAGGAUGAUAACAAGAUGAGGGAUGAAGAUGACACUCAAAUCUCUGAAACAAAAGAAAACGAAGAGGAUGAAGAACUGAUUUCGAGCAAACCUAGAAAAUAA